AAUGUUUCGACUUGGCACAUUGUUUCUAGUUCUGAGCGAGUAUAUUCAAGGGAACUCUGGAGGUCUACAGAAAACUCAGUUUAUUAAAAGAGGAUAUAUUCGGAAUACUCCGGAUAAGUACGAAUACGAACCCUACCUUCCACCCCUAGGAGGACAGACUAUUAACAGUCGGGGUGAGGUUGGAUUGAGCCAAUACCGCCCACCUGAGCAGACCACUGAGCUAGGAGACUUUAAUCCGGUUUUCUCUGCUCCAAUUCACAACGUUACGGUCAACGUAGGCCGGGAGGCGGUUUUAGAAUGCAUGGUCACAAAUCUUAGGCAAUAUAAGGUUGGAUGGUUAAAAGCUGGUGAUCAGACUAUUCUAGCACUUCAUAAACGAGUUAUUACUCAUAACACAAGAAUUCAAGUUUCACAUGAAGAGAAUAGAAUCUGGAGAUUACAUAUCAGAAAUGUGGAAGAGGGGGACCGGGGCUGCUAUAUGUGUCAGAUAAAUACAGAAUUGAUGAAACAGGAGCUAGGAUGUCUAGAUGUUAAUGUUCCUCCAGAUAUAGACAUGAAGCAAACAAGCAAUGACGUCACUGUUCAGGAAAAUUACAACACAACUUUGGUCUGUCAUGCUAGUGGGCAUCCAACACCUAGGAUUAAAUGGAGGAGGGAGGAUAGUGGACCUUUGUUUUUAAACAGUAAUGAUACGGAUUAUGUUGGAGACACGAUCGCGUUGAAUCGCGUUGACCGGAAGCAGAUGGGAAGCUACCUGUGUAUCGCCAGCAAUGAUGUCCCCCCUGCAGUCAGCAAGCGAAUUACACUCAGUGUGAGCUUUCCUCCGGUGGUUUAUGUACCAAAUCAGCUGAUUGGUGUACGGCUGGAGGAUGUAGUGGAUCUAGAAUGCAGGAUCGAAGCAUAUCCCAACACAAUUAACUACUGGAUGAAGCAGGGGAAACAUGAACAAGAAAUGCUGCUAAAUAAUGUGAAAUACAAUAUAGAGGAGAGGAAAGAUGGAUACAAGGUUCAAAUGAUUCUUCAAAUAAGAAACCUGAGUUACUCCGACCUAGGAGUUUACUACUGUAUCUCAACCAACUCUCUGGGAAAGACGGACGGUUCUAUCCGACUCUAUGAAAAUCCACGAGUUGAGGGAACUCCUAAAGAGAUUACAUCAACAACUACACUCAGACAAGUUUUAACUAUAGAUUUAAUUGAAGAAGACCCAAUGGAAGAAGAUCCAGAUUGGAUGGAUUCACAGGAGGAGACACCUGAAACAGAUCACCAGACAGAUUACGAGCCAAGACGACAUCCCCCUCUUGGAUUUGGAUCAGGGGUUCACAGUGUACACUACUGUACACUCCGCCAUCUUGGUUUAGUACUUUUCUUAGUGAAAUCUGGAAAAUUGUUUUCAUACAACUACUAGAAGAAAAAUUAAAAUUAUAUUAAGAAACUUAUAAAGUUGUGCAUUGUGCAUAUGCAUAACACAGAGUAAUGGAAAAUAUUAAACUAAUGUUAAAGUAUAUACAUACAUGUAGUGAAGCAUAACUGCAAGAAUUUAAUCAUCAUUUGAAUUCAUAUUGUAACAUAACUUUGAAUGGAAAGGAAUGGAGCUAGUGCAACAAACUCUGAUUUUAUAAUCUUUUAUAAUCUUUUCAUCCAAUUUUUUAGACCUUAGA